GAUAUUUUCUUAUCAUUUAGAGCACAGAACUUUCCCUGGAUGUCACAGCCUUUCAGGAGUGAAGAAUAGGUUUGGUAUUGAGUGGCAUAACCGGGUCCCCUCCAUCAGGAGUACACAUCUUUGUCCCCGGUGAAAGUAGGAAAAAUAAUGAAAUAUUUACAAUGACGGCCAUUGUUAUUUUUGUGCUCCUUUAUGUUAUUCGCCCUUCACUUCAACUGGAUACAAGAGUAUUUCAAAUAUACAAUGACGACCAUAAACGAUGUCUUCAAGCCCAAAAUUCUGGCACUAUUAUGACAGCUAUAUGCAAAGACAAUAUUGACUCUCAAAAAUUCAGAUGGAUUUCUGAAUACCAGCUGAUAAAUGUGGCUGUAAAGCAGUGUUUGGGGGCGUCUUCUAAGAAAGACAUGGCAAUUGUCACUUUAUUUCCAUGUGACGGAGCAAGUGAACUUCAGAAAUGGGAAUGUAAAAAUGAAACUCUUUUUGCAAUCCAAGGAGAAAGUCUUUAUUUGAAUUAUGGGAACAAGCAAGACAAAAUUAUUCUCUACAAAGGAUCUGGUUCAUGGAGUAAAUGGAAGAUCUAUGGUUCUACUGAGGACUUGUGUUCUAAAGCAUAUGAAGAUAUGUAUACAUUAAAUGGAAAUGCCAAUGGUCAGCCUUGUGUAUUCCCCUUUAAAUACAACAAUAAAUGGUAUGCAGACUGUACACUGGAUGGAAGAUCUGAUGGAAAGUACUGGUGUGCGACAUCUGCAGAUUAUGGCAAAGAUCAGUUAUAUGGAUUCUGCCCUUCAACAUCCACCAAAGACAACUCCUGGAUCGAGGAUCCCCUGACUGGUGUUUUUUACCAAAUAAAUGCCAACGCAGCAAUCACAUGGCAUCAAGCAUUGAAAAGCUGCAAACAGCAGGAUUCUAACUUACUGAGUAUAACAGAGGUUCAUGAGCAAACAUAUCUCACAGGAUUAACCAGUCGUAUUGGCACACCGCUUUGGAUGGGACUUAAUAGUUUAAAUUUUAAAACUGGGUGGCAGUGGAGUGGUGGCAGUCCAUUUCGAUUUCUUAACUGGGCUCCAGGAAAUCCUUCAGCAGAGCCUGGGAAAAAUUGUGUAGCAUUAAACUCUGCAAAAUUUGCCAAAUGGGACACAAGGGAAUGCGUUCAAAAACUUGGAUAUAUUUGUAAAAAAGGAAACAUCACAACCAGCUCAUUCAUAAUUCCCACUGACACGGAUACCCCAAUCACAUGCCCACCAUCGUGGCUACCAUAUGCGGGGAACUGUUACAGUUUAAAAAAAGAGACUAAAAUCUGGAAAGAUGCUUUGUCUUCAUGUAGAAAGGAAGAAGGAGAUCUUGCAAGCUUUCACAAUGUUGAAGAAUUAGGUUUUAUUAAUUCUCAGUUCGAAUUUGGUCAAACAAGCCAGGUUUGGAUUGGAUUAAAUGACCUAAAGGUUCAAAUGUACUUUGAAUGGAGUGAUGGGACACCUGUCACUUAUGCUACCUGGAUAAGUGGAGAACCGUCUCAUCGUAACAACAGACAAGAAGAUUGUGUUGCUUUUAACCCUAAGGAAGGCCACUGGUCAGAUGAGAUGUGCGAAAUUAAACUUGAAUAUCUCUGCAAGAGGAAACCAUUACCAUUAGACCCUGCACAGGCAAAUGCUUUAGAAGAGGGAUGUAAGAAGGGCUGGAAAAGACAUGGCUUAUAUUGUUAUCUUAUAAGUGCAACAUCGGUGUCCUUUUCAGAAGCUAAUGAUACCUGCAUUUCUAAUUCAGCUUAUCUUAUGACUGUUGAUGACAGGUAUGAACAAGCUUUCUUGACAAGUCUGAUUGGACUUCGACCUGAAAAACAUUUCUGGACAGGACUUUCAGAUACAGAGGAAAAAGGAACAUUCAAAUGGUCAAAUGGUGACAGAGUUUUUUUCACAAACUGGAACUCUGAGAUGCCAGGAAGAAAACAUGGUUGUGUUGUAAUGAGGACUGGAAACAAAGGUGGAUUGUGGGAUGUUAUAAACUGUGCAGAGAAUGCAAAAUUUGUGUGCAAGCAGUUGGCAAUAGGUGUCACACCACCUCCCAUUCCAACAACAACUCCUGUACCAAAAUGUCCAGACGGUUGGUCAACACAAGACAAUUCAGGUUCAUGCUACAAACAUUUUUCUAGAGGAAACGAAGAGAAAAAAUCAUGGUUUGAGGCCAAAGAUUUUUGCAAAGCAAUUGGAGGUGACUUAGCCAGCCUCAGUAACAAGGAAGAAGAAAGCAUUGUAUCAAUGAUGCUGAUGUCACAUGGGAUUUAUUAUCAUGUUUUUUGGAUAGGGUUAAUAAACCUAAACCCAGAUGAAGGAUUUACAUGGUCUGAUGGUUCACCGUUCAGCUAUGAAAACUGGGGUUAUGGUGAACCCAACAAUUACCAAGGCAUCGAACUCUGUGGAGAGACAAGUUCUGAUCAUGGUAUGACAUGGAACGACAGACAUUGUGAAAACCUAGCAGACUGGAUUUGUGAGAUUAGAAAAGGUGCUGUUUUAAAACCAGAACCAACAAAGUCUCCAAUUCCAGAGUAUGAAAUAACAAGUGAUGGAUGGAUAAGCUACAAAGACAAUCAGUAUUAUGUCAGUAAAGAAGAAGUGACAAUGGAAAAAGCAAGAGAAUUCUGUAAAAAGAAUUUUGGUGAUCUUGUUGUCAUUAACAGUGAAACUGAAAGAAAACUUCUCUGGAAAUAUGUACUGAAGACUGGGAGUCUGGAUUCCUAUUUCAUUGCUUUACGUUUAUCACUGGAUAGAGAAUUUAAGUGGAUGGAUGGUUCUCCAGUGGACUUUGAAAAGUGGGCAACCUAUGAACCAAACUUUGCUAAUAAUGAUGAGGACUGUGUUGUCAUGUAUAGGAAUGUAGGAUUAUGGAAUGAUAUUAAUUGUGGUUAUCCAAAUGGCUUUAUAUGUGAAAGAAAAAACAGCUCCAUUAAUUCAACAGCAGCACCAACGCCCCCUGCCCCUGAAGGAGGAUGCCCAUCAGAUUGGCUUACCUUCAGAAAACGUUGUUAUAAAAUGUUCGCCGGUCAAGAAGAUGAAAGGGUCUCAUGGGAGGUAGCAAGAACCCAAUGCAAGAAAUUAAGAGGAAACCUUGUGACUAUAGAAGAUACAUUAACACAAGCUUUUUUAACUACCCAUGCAAAUGAGUUAAGUGCUGAUCUCUGGAUCGGAAUGAAUGAUGUGAAUGCUGAACAUAAGUUUCUGUGGACUGAUGGAUCAGGAGUGUAUUUUACAAACUGGGCUAAAGGUCACCCAUCAGGGAGUCAUAUUUAUGCCAUGGAUGAUGAUGUAAGUGAUGACACUGAUUGUGUUUCUAUGAAACGUGGUCCUAUUAUGGAUGCUGGGUCGUGGGAAGAGUCAGAAUGUCAUCUUCAGCGAGGUUACAUAUGUCAAAAAGACAAAGACCCUGCGUUACCUGUUGUGCCAACAUCUCUCCCCUCAUCAAACUUUAUUAAAUAUGGCAAUGCAAGCUAUAAGAUUGUUAAGUCCAAAAUGAAGUGGGAUGAAGCCCGUCGACAGUGCAAAGCGGAAGAUUCUGAACUUGUCAGCAUUGUAGAUGAAUAUACUCUGUCAUUCAUAAGGCUUUCUACACAUAUGUAUAAAGAACCCUUCUGGAUAGGUCUUAACAGUAAUAUGACUGAUGGUCAAUACAAAUGGAUUGAUAACUGGAAACUUCGAUUUACUAAAUGGGAUGUAGGAGAACCAAAGAAGAAAACUGCCUGUGUUUAUUUGGAUGUGGAUGGGCAAUGGAAAACAUCCCUUUGCAAUGAAAAUCAUUUCUCGAUAUGCAAGAAAAGCGAUGUUAUAGCUCCCACUGAUCCGCCUCAAAAACCUGGAAAAUGCCCAGAAUCAGAGGAUCAAUCAUGGAUUCCUUUCCAAGGUCACUGUUAUUUAUUUUUCUCAACGUACACAAGAAACUGGGCUCAAUCAUCUUUGGAAUGUCUAAAGUUGGGUGGUUCACUAGCUUCAAUUGAAACUAGCUAUGAAUUAGACUUUAUUUGGCACCAUAUCGAACAACUGAAUGACCGAACAAACCAGUUCUGGAUAGGAAUGUACAGAAAUGUGGCAGGAAAGUGGCUUUGGUUAGACAACACUCCUGUUGACUUUGUAAACUGGAAUGAAGGUGAACCAACGGAGGAUUCGGAUUCUGAGGAAUGUGUGGAAAUGUACGCAACAAAGGGGACAUGGAAUAACCUUUAUUGCUCGUCAUACAGAGGGUAUAUAUGUAAAAUAGCAAAACUAAUUGAGCCAACUCAAAAGCCAGAAGAGCAAAAAGAUGAGAAAAUAAAAAUUCCACCAUCACAUGGCGUGGCAGGGGCCGUAGUUAUUGUAGUCAUCAUUGUGACAGGUGUUUCUAUUGCUCUUUACUAUUUGUAUAAAAGAAGACAAAUUAAACCAUUGCCUGACAAUAAUUUCGAUAACACAUUGUACUUUAAUGGUGGACAAACUCCUUCUUCAGGUGACACAAAUGUUCUUGUGGAAAAUAUUGAGCAGAAUGAACAUGCUGUAUCUUAGUGCCGAUGUAAUGUGAAAAUUAUAAUGUAAAAUAAUUGCAAGAUUAAGUCAGAUUGUAAAUCCAGGCAUUAUGCAGCAGAAAUAAGAACGUUGUCCAUAUGUACAAUUCAAAUUAUUUUUGAGAGCAAACUUAACCAUGAGCCAAGAAUAAACCAAUACAUAAUGAAUACAAUUUAGUUCUUUAUUUUUUUCAUAAACAUUUACAAUUGCAACCUCUAAAAUCUGUAGUUUUGCUAAGAUUUUAUUUUUUAAUUGACACUGAUGACAUUUGAUUAAUGUAUGUUUUGUAAGAUUUCCAACCAUAUAACCUACUACUUCAGAUCACACUUGUAUAAUUGCAAUAAAACUAUUCAUGUAAUCUCAUGGAACAUGAUAUAUUUUCUCUUUGUUGUAUACAUAACUAUCCAUUAAAACAAAUGGUAACUGCAUAUUUCAGUUUGCUCUCAAAUCAAGGCUGGAAAUAGACAUCAGAUGACGUAUUAAAUAAAAAUAUUUGUUUUC